AUGUUAGGGUGUCAUCCCACAGAUACUCCCAUAGAAGCUACUGCAAGGCUUAAGGAGAAAGAAGGUGAACCAGUUGACAAAGGUCGCUAUCAGCGAUUGGUUGGCAAGCUAAUCUACCUCUCUCAUACACGGCCAGAUAUAGCUGUUGCAGUUAGUCUAGUGAGCCAAUUUAUGCAUGAUCCUUAUUCCUCUCAUAUGGAGGCAGUUAUUCGCAUUCUUCCGAAAUCCAUCUCUAGAUAUUGCUCUUUUGUGGGUGGGAAUCUUGUCACAUGGGGUAGUAAGAAGCAGAAAAUUGUGGCAAGAUCCAGUGUUGAAGCUGUAUUCCGUGCUAUGACACAAGAAAUUUGUGAGUUGCAAUGGCUUAAAGGGUUGUUGCAAGACAUUGGAGUUGCUGUCUAUCUUCCCAUGAUGCUGAUUUGGGACAAAGAGGAUUAUUGA